CACUUCCAAAAUUCUCUAGUACCACCUUGUACUUCAGGUGGUGCAGUGCAAUUUUCAGUUGUUUCCAUUCUGUGUUAUAGGUUGACAGAACUGUGGGACUAUCCAAAGUAUGGCUGCCCAUUCAAAAGAGGCUCAAAGUACUUCUAUUUCCACAACUCUGGAUUACAAAAUCAAAGUGUCAUGUAUGUCCAAGACUCACUGGACAGCGAGCCUGAAGUAUUUCUUGACCCUAACAAACUGUCUGAAGAUGGUACCAUAGCACUGGUUGGAAGAUCAUUCUCUGAAGAUGGACAGCUUUUUGCUUAUUCCCUAUCAAAUAAAGGCUCUGACUGGGUCACCAUAAAGUUUAUGCAGGUGGAUGGUAAGGUACAAUUGUCAGACUCUCUAGAGAAUGCAAAGUUUACCAGCAUGGCUUGGACACAUGACAAUAAAGGGUUGUUCUACAAUCGUUAUCCUACAAAUUCUAAAGCAGAUGGAACAGAGACUGAUCUAAACCUUGAUCAGAAGCUUUAUUACCAUGCACUUGGAACAAGCCAAUCAGAAGAUGUUCUUUGCUGUGAAUUUCCUGACCAUCCAAAGUGGUCUAUAGGAGCUGAAGUGAGUGACUGUGGAAAAUAUUUGAUAUUAACUCCUCAUGAAGGCUGUGCCCCCGUGAAUAGGCUUUUCUACUGUGACCUGGAAAACCACAAGGAGGGAAUUAAAGGUUUACUUCCGUUUGAGAAGGUGGUGGACAACUUUGAUGCUGAAUAUGAGUACAUCACAAAUGAGGGAACACUCUUCACUUUCAAGACCAACUUAAAAGCUCCAAGAUACAGACUAAUCAAGAUCGACUUUUCAAAACCUGAGAUGGAACAUUGGACCUCUCUGGUCCAGGAAGACGAGAAAGAUGUUUUAGAAUGGGUGGCCUGUGUCAAACAGAACUUGUUGGUGCUCUGUUACCUACAUGACGUCAAGAGCGUCCUUCAUCUUCACAACUUGACAGGCGAAAGACUCAUGACUUUUCCUCUCGAUAUCGGUAGUAUUGUUGGCUAUUCAGGGCGAAAGAAGGAUUCAGAGAUCUUCUACCAGUUUACAUCGUUUCUAACGCCUGGAAUUAUCUACCACUGUGACUUAACUCAAGACAAUUUUCAACCGAAGGUUUGUGUUUGAACUUGAGUGAAUUAUAAUACAUUGCAGUCUGUCAUCGUGAGAUUCACAUACUUUACGGCACCAGAAACCCUCGAGUCUCGUGUAAUUAAGUUGUGCACUGCCUGCACAGUCUAGAGAGAAUCCUUUCUUAGCUGCGCGUAAAUGAUCAACUGUUGAUUGUGUCGUUGC